AUGUACAAGACCAUCGCCCUCUCUCUUCUCACUCUUGCGUCUGCCCUCCCGCAACGCAAAGGCCAGCAGUUGACUGCUCAACAACAAGCUGCUCAGGUCCCGCAAGGAAUCUCAAAAGCCACCGAUGGCUCCAUGAUUCUUGACGACACCGUAAUGGUCAACGGCCUACCUAUUCGAUUCAAGAUCUCUGCGCCUGCAGACCAGUUCAUGGCUGCUUCGGGUGUUCCUGGUGCAACGGCAACGUCUGCGAAUGGAACCCUAGGAGCAAACGUCUUGCUUCAUGGUGAUGGAGGGCAGAGCUUCUUUGACAUGCCUAACCAGGCUGUGCAAGCGAACACCAUGGGUGUUGUGCUACUAGCCCCCAACAAGAACCUGUUUUGGGGUGGAGGUUCUGGGCUUCAACGCACAGACGGUGUUGCACACGCCCAAGCCGUCAACGACUUUGUUCAAACCGAGCUACCAAAGCGGGUUGCUGUGGACAUGUCCAAAGUUGUCUUUACUGGUGUCAGCGGUGGCAGUCUUUUGAUGUCUGGCUUCUUCAUUCCGGCACAAAUGAAAAACUUUCCCAACUCUGCUGUUGAGCUCAACUGCGGUGGCAUGCCGCCGCAAGUCCCCUUCCCGGACGCGGCAACGGUUGUUCCUCAAACACAGAUUCAUUUCCAGUCUACACAAAGUGAGCUUCAGUUGCUUCAGGGUAGCAUCCCGCAAGCUGUCGCAGCGUACGAGCAACUUGGAACUGAUGCCGGUUUGACCACAGCUCAGAUCAACCAGCUACAGACGGUGGACAACACGCCCGCCGGAGGCCACUGCGAAUUCGAUGGACAAGAUUUUGUUACUGGAGUGCAGACAAUGCUGACGAGCUACUCGAACGUCAUGCAGGGCGGCAACGGUGUGGUCACAGGCAUUGGCGCACCCAGCAAUGGAUCGGUGCUCACCGGUGUAGUUGGAAACGAGAAGUUGACGUUUGUGGGUGGACGAAAGCGCGAUGUGGAUGCGAGAAGCAUGGUGCGAAUGAGAUGGGCGCAGGGUGAUGUUGUUGUUGACGAGGAAAGCGACUUUACGGCCUUGGCGUGUGAUCGCAGCACCUGCAAUUAG